AACCAGGCCAUGGACGACUUCAAGACCAUGUUCCCCAACAUGGAUUACGACAUCAUUGAGUGCGUGCUGCGCGCCAACAGCGGCGCCGUGGACGCCACCAUCGACCAGCUGCUGCAGAUGAACCUGGAGGCGGGCGGCGGCAGCGUCUACGAGGACAGCUCGGACUCGGAGGACAGCGUCCCCUCGGAGAUUUUGGAAAGAACCUUGGAACCUGAUAGCUCAGAUGAGGAGCCCCCGCCUGUGUACUCCCCGCCAGCCUACCACAUGCACAUGUUCGACCGGCCUUACCCUCUGGCUCCCCCAACGCCACCUCCCCGCAUCGACGUGCUGGGCAGCGCGCCCCCUUCCGGCCAGAGGCGCUAUCGGAACUGGAACCCCCCACUGCUUGGCAACCUCCCCGAAGACUUUCUCCGCAUCCUGCCCCAGCAGCUGGACAGCAUACAGGCUAACUCCGGGGGCUCCAAGCCCACAAGUGCAGAGGCAGGCCAGCCCCCCGGGAUCGGGGCUGGGCCCCGGGAUCAGGAGAGCCGCUGGAAGCAGUACCUGGAGGAUGAGAGGAUCGCGCUCUUCCUGCAGAACGAGGAGUUCAUGAAGGAGCUGCAGCGCAACCGGGACUUCCUGCUCGCCCUGGAGAGAGAUCGAUUGAAGUAUGAGUCCCAGAAAUCUACAUCUAGCAGCGUGGCCGUGGGGAAUGACUUUGACUUUCCCUCUCCUGUCCCAGGAACCAGUGACACCAGCGCCACUGUAUCUGAAGAUGCCUUAUUCCGGGACAAGUUGAAACACAUGGGAAAAUCCACCCGGAGGAAGCUGUUUGAACUGGCCAGGGCCUUCUCAGAGAAGACCAAGAUGAGGAAGUCGAAGAGGAAACACUUGCUGAAGCAUCACUCGCUGGGGGCUGCGGCAUCAACAGCUAAUCUCCUGGAGGACGUGGAGGGCCACGCUUGUGAUGAGGACUUCCGGGGAAGGCGACAGGAGGUGCCCAAGGUGGAGGAAGCCCUAAGGGAAGGACAGUAAGAGAUGCCAGCAGUUCCUCCUUGCCGGAGACGAUCUGACCCGGUGGAGGCAGCCCGAGAGCAGACCGGCCCCCAGCUGAGGAGCCCAGCUGCAGCCGGACAGAUGGUGCUUGAGUUCUGAGGCCCAGUGAUUCUCCGGCCACAGUCCAGCCUAGCCACUGCCACUGCCACUGCCACUUUCCAUGGGACUUAGAACUUCAGAGUUGCAUGCUGUGAUUGGAGGAAGGACCUGAGGGUGGGGGGAGGGGCGACAGCCAACCACAGCCCCUUUUGUAGCCGGGCUGUUCUAUGGGGAAUGAGUGGAAAUGCAGGAUCUAACCUCUCUUCUUUAAAAAAAAAAAUCCCAGGAAAUAGGCAAAGGUUGGAGUUCCCGUAAGGGGAUGAUGACCCUUCCAGAAGCUCUCAUUGGCCUGGAGGUGUAGCCCCUGCCUCCCUCCUGUCCUGGUCUCUCCUGCAGGGCUACAGACACUGCCUGAUCCCCCUACCCCCAUCCCCCACUCCCUUCUGGGCACCUUGGGCCAUUUAUUCCCAUGGCCUCCUGCAUCUCAGCCUUCCCCCGGGGUGCUGGCCCUCAGCACACCCCUGCACAGAGCUCUGGGUGAGAGAGCCCUGGGCAGUCACUCAGGCCCCCUCUGAGGAGUGAUGGGCCACCACGGAGAGGUAUCUGCUGGCCACCCUACCUGGGCCCCUCCGGCUGCUUCUGUUUGGGGCUGGCACAGGCCCCAGCAGGGAUGGGGAGGCUGGCCACCCCGGAGCUGGAGGAUUCCUCUGAGGCAGGGGUCGUCUUUACUUUGGCAGAAGACAAAAGCCAAUUCUGGAUGGGACCCUGCAGUCCCACGAGAGUAGGGGCGCAAGGGACUCCGGCUCCCCAGCUGGACUGGAGGUUCUGCUGUCACUCAGUGGGGGCAGCAGCCAGUUCUUUACCUGAGAAGGUGCAGGACUGAGGGGCAAGAUGAAGAGGCUGCCAGCCUGGGCAGGAGCCCCUGGGGCGGAAGGGCUUGCUGGGCGCCCUGUGCCAAGACAGAGAAAGUAAAUGGAAAAAGAAAACAACGGAUCUACGAACCUGACCUGGCACCAUCCACUGCUGACGGGAGGGAGGCUGCCUGGCCCUUCUGGCCUGCCAUUGAGAUGGGAAGGCGCUGACCUCAGGAGAACCAGGAAGCCUGGGCAUGCAAGGCUCUGGCCUGGGCGAGGGGCCAGCCCAGCCAAGGGGCCUUGGGGCAUUGGGAGUGGGCGCCAAGCCUUGGCUGGGAAGGGGGGGUGCUGAUGGCCCCAAGUCACCCCGGGAUAAUGAGGGCGUGGCGGAGGCCAGGCGGAUCUGAGUCGCCCCUCGCCCUGCGGUGCCGUAAGGGGCUCCUGGCCCGGGCUCCGCAGCCCGACCGACCAAGUGGAGCAGCGCAGCGAGGCUGCCUUCCUGCUCCCUGGGCCCUCGAUGCCCCGAUGACCCGCAUUCAGAGGAGGCGGAGCCCCUGUCCCCGCCUGUGUAUGUGUGGCUUCGUUAGUUUUUCUGUUUUCGUUUUUUCUCCUACGUGUGGGUUUUUCUUGGAGCUGUUUCAUAGGAAUUCGUGUAAUAAAGACUUGGUGUUCUCUUGGUGCUCUGA